AUGUCUCAGGUGACUCCCAAUGUCUUGAAUGCAACACAUGUGAUAACUCCUGAUGCAUCUCAUGUGUUGCCUGGUCUUCCAGGUUCUGAUGUGUUGCAUCCAAUGUCAAGGGCAUCUGAUGACAAGUUCCAAAGCCAGUUUUCAUAUGGCAGUGGUGUCAGGGAUGCUCUGACAACCCCUGCUCACACACACAUGUCCUCCAUGUCUGACAAUGUUGACAGAGGAAUUGAGCUUCUGGAGGUCAAGUGGCUGAAGCUGUGGGCACAGAAAGUUGCAACCAAGUUUGAACUCAAGGCAUCUCAGUUCUUAGAGCUCAGCAUGCUCAUUGAUGUUGGCAAGACCUUGCAGACUGGUGACCUUCACUUGGUGUUAAAUGGGAUUGAGGAGAUCAAGAUCGACUCAGCAAAUAUGAAGAAUGCUGUGGAGAUGGCCACUGCAGGGCUCUGA